AUGGCCUUACGUGUUCCCAAGAGUAGUUAUCCUCAGUUAUUUAAGGAGGGAUAUAAGAACCUUCAAGGUGUUGACGAAGCUGUACUUAAAAAUAUUCAAGCUAUACACGAACUAUCAGAAAUCGUUAGAACUUCUUUCGGCCCCAAUGGGAGGAAUAAAAUGGUGAUCAACCAUCUUGAAAAGCUUUUUGUUACUAACGAUGCUGCCACAAUUAUUCGAGAAUUAGAAGUCGUGCAUCCAGCAGCAAAAUUAUUGGUAAUGGCGAGUCAGCAGCAAGAGCAAGAGGUCGGUGAUGCGACAAAUUUUAUUAUAGUCUUUGCCGGCGAGCUACUACAAAAAGCUGAAUACUUAUUACGCAUGGGGCUUCAUCCAAGUGAAAUUGUGCAAGGAUAUGAACUUGCAAGGGACAAAGCAUUGGAAAUUUUGGAAGAUCUCUGUGUGGAAACUGUAAAAGAUCAGAAAUCAAAAACAGAGCUUUUAAAAGCUGUCAAGACGGCCAUUGCUUCUAAGCAAUAUGGAAAUGAUGAUUUACUUACUGAUUUAGUUAUUGAUGCUGCGCUUUUAAUUAUGCCAAAAAAUCCUGCAAAUUUCAAUGUGGACAAUAUUCGUGUGGUUAAAAUAAUGGGUAGUAGUAUUUAUGAAAGUAAGGUGGUUAAUGGUAUGGUAUUUGGUCGUGAACCUGAGGGUGUUGUUCAUAAGGCGCAUAAGGCCAAAAUUGGAAUUUUUACUUGUUCUUUGGACACCGCACAAACUGAAACAAAAGGGACUGUUUUGAUUCACAGUGCACAAGAAAUGUUAAAUUUUACUAAAGGCGAAGAACAACA